AUGACAGUUCUCAAAAGGUACGUCCUAAGGCUGUUCAUGUCGAUCAAGUAUAUAACAGCAAACGUAGUGGACAGAAACAACGGGAGAAUAGUGACAACAGCUUCAUCCGUAGAACACGCAAUCAAGAACUCACUAGAGUGUGGCCGUACUUGCAAUGCCAAGGCUGCGGCUAUUGUUGGAGAAGUUUUAGCAAUGAGGCUGAAAGUAGAAGGGCUUCAAGAUGGGCAAGGAAGAGGCAUCCACGCUGAUGUCAAGAAAGAAAUUGAAAAGAAAGGGUUCAAGAGCCGAACCAAGGUAUGGGCUGUUAUUAACUCCCUAAGAAACAAUGGUGUUACACUCAUUCUAGAUGAUGAUGAUGACAGUGAUUAUCGCGAUCGUUCUUAUGAGGGUCAUCGCUGA